AUGACUGUAUACACCAAAGCAGUUCCACCAGACACCAGCCAGGUCACAGAUGCAGAGAAUGAGUCUGAUGCUAAGCAGCAAGAACUCGAAUUAGCAAACUGCGAGAAUGAUGAUUGUGACAAUAUUCAGACAGAUGACAAGGGUGCAGGAAAUGACGAGGGUGCAGGAGAUGACGAGGGUGCAGGAGAUGACGAGGGUGCAGGAGAUGAUGAGGGUGCAGGAGAUAAUGUGAGUGAUAAUAAUAUAAUUAUCGUCAUGGAUGACAUGUACGGACCUGACGAGUGGUAG